AUGUUCAAGCAACCGAGAGCCAAGAAGAGCCUCCUUCCUCCACCAAACAAGAAGAGGAAGGUAGCCCACAACAUAGAAGAAAUCUCCUUCGACCGCGAUGCUCGCGCCGAGUACCUCACUGGGUUCCACAAGCGCAAGGUGCAGAGGCAAAAACAUGCGCAAGAGAUUGCCGCCGAGAAGGCGAGGCAGGAGAGGAUAGAGAUGCGGAAACAGCUCAGAGAGGAGCGGCAACAGGCUAUGGAAGAGCAUGUGAAGCAGGUUCAGGACUUGCUGAAGCAGGCAGAGCAGGCAGGCCAGGACGACGACGGGGACUCAGAAGAUGGCACAGAGGACGAGGCAUGGGACGGCUUUGAGGACAGCCCAGCGCUCGAGCCUGUUGAUCAACAACAGGAAUACAUUGAUGAAGACUUGUACACGACAGUUACUGUGGAGUCGGUCAGUGUAGAUCGUGAGGGUCUACACAAACCAUUGGAAGAAGCGGAAAGACGGGAAAGGGAAGCACAGAGCAAGAAAGCCAUGGAGGAAGGUGACGCCGCCAACAAGGACAAAAAGGAGCGGCCAAAGAAAAAGAAAAAGAAGUUUACAUACGAGACGAAAUUCGAGAGACAAAUAGCCGACCGCAAACAAAAGGCCAAAAAGGCAAAAUACAGCAGAUAG